AGCAGCAAGCAAAGAAGCAAAACAGGCAGGCAGAGAAGACAGUAGCCAAGAAAUCCACAUAUUGGGAUUACACAGCUGGCAGCCAGCAUGGUCAUCCUCAGCUGUGUGGCAUUGGGACUUUACCUUCAACUCCUUUUCUGCUUUGCUCUGUCUCAGAAUUCUUUUGUUGACAGUGUCUUCUCAAUUUCCACAGCCCUCCCUUGCCUGGACCAGAAGAAACGGAUUAAUAAUCACAGAACCUGCUGUCUCCUUGGCCUCCCUCCUCCUCCAAUACCUCCUCCUCCGCCACCGCUAUUUCCUCUAUCACAGUUCCAGGGAGCAUGGAGUUCUAUGUUGCUGGAUCUGGAUUGGAACCACUUAUGUCAAGAGCUUCAGAUAACAGACUCUCCGUGUAUAGAAUCUGUAUGCCUUCCAGGGCCUCCUGGUCCCCAGGGCCCACAAGGUAUUCCUGGUGCAAGGGGACCAAAGGGGGCAAAAGGUGAGAUUGGCAGACCAGGAAGAAAGGGCAGCCCAGGUCCUCCCGGUGCUCCUGGAAUGCCUGGACCUAUUGGAUGGCCUGGCCCAAUGGGGCCUACGGGUGAAAAGGGAGAUUUAGGUUUGAUGGGAUUGCCAGGUACAAGAGGACCAAUGGGCCAUAAGGGUUACCCAGGAAGCAGAGGAGAAAAGGGAGCUCAUGGAGAAAAGGGUGUCAAAGGCAGCAAAGGUGACAAGGGAUACAUAGGUUUUCCUGGAAUGCUGGGACAAAAGGGAGAAAUGGGUCCAAAGGGAGAACCUGGUGCACCAGGGCACAGAGGACCGAUUGGAAGACCCGGAAAAAGAGGCAAACAGGGUCAAAAGGGAGACGUGGGUCCUCCUGGAGUUGCAGGCCCACCUGGCAGACCUGGUCCUCCUGGUCAGUCUGGUCCACCAGGACCUUUAGUAUCAGGGCAACUAACAAUGGGACCAAAAGGGGAAAGAGGGCUUCCUGGACCUCCCGGGAAAUGUCUCUGCAACCCACAGCAAAAUGUGAAUACCCCAUCAUAUGAGGAACCACUGUUUGGACCCUAUUCCAAAGUUCCUGCAAUUUUUGUAGUGAAUAAUCGUGAAGAACUGGACAGGCUAAAGAUGGACAAUGCUCUAGCUUUUCGAAGAGAUCAGAGAUCUUUGUAUUUCAAGGAUACUUUUGGAUGGCUUCCGAUUCAGCUUAUCCCUUUCUACCCUCUGGAUUAUCCAACAGAAGAUGGAAAUACCUGCGGAGAUGGGAUUGUCCAGGAUGGGGAAGAAUGUGAUGAUGGCAACACGGUUGUAACGGAUAGCUGUAUAAGAUGCCGCCAUGCUUACUGUGGAGAUGGCUACCGACAUGAAGGUGUUGAAGACUGUGAUGGACAGGAUUUUGGAUAUUUAACAUGUAAAACCUAUCUCCCUGGAUCAUAUGGAAAACUGCGAUGCACUUCUUAUUGCUAUAUUGACUCUACAGAUUGUCGAUAUUUUACAUGAGGAGUGGGCAAUGGUAGGUGAGUAUCCCACAUAUGAUAUGCACACAUCGAUGCAAUGUUAUCGUCAUCAAACCAAGCCCAGGUAAUAGACAAGCAAACCAUCUCUAUGAUGAAAACCGCCAGUGCUAUAUUGCCGUGAUGAUCCAAGAUGCAUUUCAAUCAACUCACACUGGAAGAAAAUAGGACCACUGCAUUCUGUCUUAGAAAACUGUCAAACAGUGUUCAAAGUUAAGACUUAACUUUUCCAUGGCUGCUUAUAGGAAAUCCCAUGAGCAAGACGGAAAAAAACACCAGACUAUUGGAACACAAUUUUACUUCUAUACUGGUACUUCAGAAAAACACAAUACCUCAACUUAUCACUGUUAGUCCUACAAAUAAGCUCUUCAGGCUAUUGUUUUUGUUUUGUUUUUUUAAAAAGACUUUCCCAGUAUAAACACAAAGCAUAUUCUGGAUGUAGUGUUUAUAAGAACUAUUUAGGCAUUUUAAAAAUUAUGUGAACUUUGUACAUGCUCUUGUUGCAUGAAAUACAUGUUCAGCUGAGCAAAAAGUCCAAGGUAUGUGUGUAUUGUUGACCUGAAAUUACUGAGGCUGGAAUCUAAAAUAUCCUGACCUGGGAAUAAAUCCUAUUUGACCUGCUGCUUAAAUAUACAUCUCAGCAGAUACAUCUGAGGAGUUGAAGAAAGUCAUCAGCUUUAUUUAAGAACAGAGGUUAUAUUAAAAUGUGAGAAAUGUAAAUCGAUUGAUAUAAAUUUAACUCAGAAGCAACGAAAGCCGGUCAGUUCAGGUGUGCAUAUAGUAUGAGUCUCUCCUGGAAGACAAAAAUCAAGGCCCCGUCUAUUUGUUUGGAAGGACAUCCUAUUAGAUUCAGUAUGGCUCACUCCCACCACAGUUUGUGUAGGAGUGCAGAAAAAAUCAUUAGUUUUUCAUCCUGAGAUGGUGACUUCAGGACAAUUUAUUCCCAUGAAACAAGGAGAGUAAGCUCCUAAUACAUUAUGCCUCUGAAAAUUAACAACAAUAUAUCUUCUGUUAAUAGGCCUGAAAGGUGCAUUAUUGAUUAUGCAGCAAAAUGGAAGGUGGAUAGAAUUCCAUUAAAGACAACUGUUGAAUAACAUUUUUUUAUUUUAGCUAAUGUCAGAAAAUACUGUAUUAAAUUACUUGUUUUCUUAUGUACCUACCAUUCAUUGCCAAUCAAAAUUAUCCAUUUCCUACAGAGCAACUGCUUUCCAAUCUCAGUGUUGUACAACAUUUAAUAUUAAUGUGUAUAUAUUCCCAUUUGUAUAGCCUGUAGAAGUUAACUGGCUGAAAUCCUGCUUAGCAUAGGAAGUCACACUAGAGUUGGCCCAUUGAAUCCAUUAACUGCUCCAUAUGUUUCACUGAUUCACAUGGGCCUACUCUAACUCUGACUUACUAUGCUCAAGUUAGUCACAACUAGAGUAAGUCCAUUUGAAUCAAUGGAACCUGAACUCACUGGUUCAAGGAUUCUUCUUAGUGUGACUUGCUAUGCAACAGGAUUUCGGCCACUGUGUUAUUCAGAGUAAAUCUGUAUAAAUGUUAUAUGUAUAUAUGUAUUUUUUCCAGAAAGAAUCUUUAGAUGGUUAUGUUAUCUUUGAGACCUUUUUGGAUAAUAACUUGUGCAUAUUAAAGAGCAAAUUUCAUGUU